AGCAUGUUCUGGGGAAGCCGAAAGGAGGAGCCUUCUGAGCCUCCAGCUCUGCCACCUGUCAAACGGGGCAAGCUCUCGCCCCAGCUACAGAAGAUUGUCGAUAGCGACGAUACUAAUCCAUAUGAUGAUGUGUAUUCAUAUUACUCCGUCGAUUCGACCGACACCAAUUACCGCUACGCCGGUUACGCAACUCGCCUCAGGACACUGCUUCUCUCAGCUCAUCGCUACGUGGCUUACACCUCCGACGUAGGCGAGUCAUUCCGUCCAGUCGCGCAUCCUAUUCUCGUACGCUCCGCCUACGCAGUCUCCUGGGCAUACCUUCUCGGCGAUGUCGGGCACGAGGGGUACAAGGCGUACCUGCGCAAUCGCCGCGUCUUAGCGCCGCCCUGCGAAGCAUACAAGGAUUCAAGGGAUCUCACGCACCAGCAGAUCGUGAUGGGGAUGGCCACCGGAAAUGUCGGGGGCUCUUUGAGCUCUGCUGAUUGGGGUGAAGGCCAGAAGCAGGUAGACUCGGAUACGCUAACACCCUGGCCGACUGCGCAUAUUCCGCUCAUCGAGGAUUACCGGGUCGUUAUGGCGAAGCGCGCAGUCUUCCAGAGUAUUGCGAGUAUGGGGCUUCCUGCGCUCACAAUCCACAGCGUGGUGAGGUAUUCGGGGCGCGCGCUGAAGGGGGCCAAGAGUACAUUUGCGAGGACAUGGGUUCCUAUCGGGCUCGGUCUCUCUGUUGUGCCAUUCCUACCCUACAUCUUCGACCAUCCAGUUGACGAAGCGGUCGAUUGGACUUUCCGGACCGGACUGCGCAUAUACGGUGGUGAAGACGCCGUCAAGCCCUUACCGCAGCACCCACAUGCUGCAGGGGGAACGACGCACGAGGAGGAUUCUACUUCGCUAAGCCAUUUCCAUAUCAAAGCACCCGAGGUAGCAGAUGCCGCAAGUGCGAACGUAAGCUGGGACGAAUACAAAGAAGAACUGCGGCGCGCGAAGGAAAGGAGGAAGCGUGAACGAGAGGAAAGAGGAGAGUCAGGGAUCCUGGCUAUGUUGGGGUUUGGGUCGAAACAGAAGGAAGAAAAGGGUAAAACGGAGUGA